AUGGAAGAAGGCUUGUUCUGGUGCCAUGCAUGCAGCCGCCUACAGGGAACCCGCGCCGGCGAAGCCUGCCCCGUCUGCUUAGCCCCCGGCGCCUCCUCCCUCGAGAGGAUCGUGGACGUCGUGAACAGCAGCGCGUUCGUCUACGGCUGCGACCCGGCGGGAUCGCCCGCCUCCGCCGAGCCGCCGCCGCUCGUCACCGUCCGCGACGCGGGGAUGACCUGCCCGAUCUGCCUGGACGAGCUGGAGCCCGGCGCCAGCGCGGCCGAGAUACAGUGCCAGCACGUGUACCACCCGGCCUGCCUCGCGCCGUGGCUAGAGAAGAAGGGCACCUGCCCGGUCUGCCGCGGCAAGUCCAUGAACGAGGCCGACGCGGCCGGCUCCCCGGACGGCCUUAUCCUCGGAGACAUGCGGGGCGCUGACCACUUUGCUCUCGGUCUCGGCCGGCGAACCGCGGGGUUGGUCCGCAUGGUUGGGAUGCUCGACAAGGGCGGCGAGCUUGUGGGGCACCAUAGACCGCGGGCCUAUCGCCUGCGCCGCCUGCUGCCCGUCCGCUUGUUCGGGCCAGUGCACCGCCACCGCCAGGUAAGGGCGUGAAGUAGAGGCAGCCGCGCAGGAGAUAGGAAGUGCCGAAGUGGCGCGACGACUCAAUUCUUUUUCCCGUGGUUUCAGAAAAUUCAAUGUAAAUCCAAUCAGAGGAAAAACAAUGUGUGUUGUUUUUUUUUUGCACAAAGAUGG